AUAAACAAACAUUAAACGCAUACGCAGCACACACGGAACAGCCAACCAGUUGGACACCCGAGACCCUGCCCGCAAUCUAAUCACUGCGAGAGUGUCCGUGUUACGCAUCUGCAGCCGCAUCCGCCCCCGCACUGAAUCCCAAUCCGCAAUGCUAAAGAUCGCUGCCGAGGGAAUCGCGCCACGUCUAGCGGCCUGUUGCUCCAUUGGAGCGAAGAGCAGCGGCCAAAGAAUGGCGCCCCAGGCGGCCAAGGGCACCCAGAAGUACCUGUCGCAGUCGCAGCACCUCCACAAGAAGCUAGUCAUCAAGGACCACUACGAGUUCGAUCAAAAGGUGAUCAACAGCGACAACCCGGUCAUCGUAAACUUCCACGCCGAGUGGUGCGACCCCUGCAAGAUACUCACGCCCAAGAUGCUCGAGUUGCUGGAGAACUCGAACGAGAUCGACCUGGCGGUCAUCGAUGUGGAGACGAACCUGGAACUCGUGGAGACCUUCGAGGUGAAGGCCGUGCCCGCCGUGCUGGCCUUCAGGAACGGCGUCGUGGUGGACAAGUUUAUUGGCCUGGUGGACGCCAACAGCAUCGAGACGCUAAUCGACAAGCUGAAGCGGAAGCAACAGCAAAAGCAGUAGAAGUAGUGAGCUGGAGCAGCAAUGCAGCAAUGCAGCGAUGCAGAGGUGGAUUAGAUCAGGGAUGCUAUGAUUUUACACACGAAACGGGAGACUGGAACUGCGAUAUAUAGCCCAAUGCGGAGGCAGAAUUUGCGAUCAUCGAUGCAGGAGGAAUGUGCACAAAAUACCUUAAUAUGCAAUAAAACUAACUUUAAUUAUGGCUACUUUUAA